UGCACGCACUACUUUGAACCUUUAACCUUUGCUUCACGGAAAGCCGCAAUGACUUUCUCUGGUUACAGAGGACCUUCCAAUCAGACACUCUUGCACGAAUUUGUUUUGACUGUAACUGUUACUGUUACUUACUGAUUCCUCUUUAAAUUCGUCUUAAUUUAAAUUAUUCUCAUCGUGAUGAAAUGAAGAAGGAAAAUAUAUACAGCAAUGUGACAGACUUGAUUCUCGUGCUAUUUUCUUACGAAAAGUAAAAGUAAAAUUGAACUAAGACAAUGAACGCAAAACUCGAGCGUGUCACUCAUUCCAAAGAAGUACCUUUUUGUUUGUUUAUAGUUAUAUUUUGUUUUCGUCGAUUUGGUUGUUUUUUAAGUCUGUUCCACGGGUUUGUAAUGUCUCUUUCGUCAGAUAAAUAAUUUCAGCAAAUUUAGUCUCUUGAGUGUUUUUCACUGAACAGUAUUAACUGCGUAUAUUACUUUAACACUACCAAUCGUGAGGAUGAGCGCCUCAAAACUGAGUUAUGCCGAGAUUUGUGCAGGAUGUAAAGGAGAAAUAAGGGAGCGGUAUCUGCUGCUUGCAGUGGAGAAGUACUGGCAUACAAACUGCUUGAAGUGUUCUCAGUGCGGAGUGGUUCUGGAUCAAGUCGGCAAGUCGUGUUUUGUUAAAGGAAGCUCCAUAUUGUGCAAAAAUGAUUACACCAGGUUAUACAGAGUAUGCACAGCUUGUGCCAAACAAAUUCCUGCUAAAGCCAUGGUUUUACGCGCAGGUCAGAAUGUGUAUCACGACACUUGCUUUGUCUGUACCACGUGCAAGCGCCUCUUGAAGACUGGUGACAAGUAUUGCGUCAUUGACAGCAAGUUGUUCUGUGAACAAGAUGCGAGGGCAAAGAAACAACAGCAAAUACUCAAGGUGAAACAUAAUAAAAGAAAAACACAUGAUAACAAUAACAACCAAAAUACUGCAGGUGCAAAAAAUUCUUACAAAGCAAAUCUAUGUUUUAGCCAUGCAGAGACAAGUCACGGCAAAACCUGAAAGUCACCCGAAGCUUAGACUGCGAGACUUCGAGCAGUCUCUUUCUUUUCCUAGCAUGCCACGCGAAUGCAGAAAACCUGAUUCUCUCAUCGUUUCGUUCCCUAACUUGAAUAACUUCAACUUUUAGACUGCUCGUAGUCUACCCCAAGCUAGAAAUCGAUUCAGUCCGUUAUUUUUUCGCGAUAUGAGCCACGUUCACAAACGAAGGAUAUGAAGUCCCAACUCUCGCAGUUUCAAUUAAGAGGUCAUUGACAUUUUGAAAAACAUUUCAAAUUUGCUGUGUUAAUCUUCAGUGUACUUGACUAAAUUUGUGCAUCAUUUAUGCUUACAUGUAUGUUAUGGCAAACUGCUUAUGUUUUCGUUGUUUCUGAUUUUCCCCGUUGGGUAACAAAGGUAUUUUUAUUUUCUCUUUUGUCAAAGCAUUUGCAAGUAGCACCACAUCCUUAAAAACCUUUACUGGCAGAGCUCGAGUGGAGAACAAAGUGAGCUGGAGUGGAAGUUACCACUUGCCAUGAUCAAGCCGUAAUUUUGCACUGCAGCCUAACACCUACAGAUUCAUCAGCAACUCA